AUCGAAGCAGAGAGGCGGGCGGGCUGCUAGGAACAUGGCUGCGUCCGCGAGACAAGCUGCUCAUCAGAUAGACACCAGGCCGCGGACGGACGAUGUUCUGCUGUCUGAUGGAGUCGAGUUCAGUUCUUUACUUCUGUCGAAGGCUGUCCUGGAAGGCCUGUCGUCCUCCGGCUUUCAGAGACCGUCACCCAUCCAGCUGAAGGCGAUCCCCCUGGGCCGGUGUGGACUGGAUCUUAUUGUUCAGGCGAAAUCUGGCACAGGAAAGACCUGUGUGUUUGCCACUAUUGCUCUGGACUCUCUGGUGCUGGAGAAUGCUACCACUCAGGUUCUCGUACUGGCGCCAACCAGAGAGAUCGCUGUACAGAUCCAUGCAGUGGUCAUGGCAAUAGGCAGUGCCAUGGAGGGACUGGAGUGCCAUGUGUUCAUUGGUGGUCGGCCUGUUAGUCAGGACAAGCUCCAUCUGAAGAAAUGUCACAUUGCUAUUGGAUCACCAGGUCGUAUAAAGCAGCUGAUAGAGAUGGGGCUUCUCCUGACGACGAGUAUCCGACUGUUUGUUCUGGACGAGGCAGAUAAACUGUUGGAAGAGGGCAGCUUCCAGGAUCAGAUCAACUGGAUCUUCUCCUCUCUACCAGUGAAUAAACAGAUGUUGGCGCUCUCUGCCACCUACCCAGAAUCCUUAGCACAGCACCUGUGCAGAUACAUGCGAGAACCAACAUUUGUGCGUCUGAAUCCCACUGACCCUGGACUCAUCGGCCUGAAGCAGUACUAUAAGCUGGUGCACUCACAUGCUCUGCCCCAUAAGGUCUUUGAGGAAAAGGUGCAGAAUCUUCUGGAGCUGUUCAGUAAAAUUCCCUUUAACCAGGCACUGGUUUUCUCCAAUCUGCAUACAAGAGCGCAGCAUCUGGCUGAUGUUCUUUCCUCUAAAGGCCUGCCCUCGGUCUGCAUCUCUGGCAGCCUGAGCCAGGAACAGAGGCUAGAGGCGAUGUCUAAGCUGAAGCAGUAUCAGUGUAGAGUUCUUAUCUCCACUGACUUAACCUCUCGAGGUAUAGAUGCAGAGAAAGUGAAUUUGGUGAUUAAUCUGGAUGUUCCUCAGGACUGGGAGACAUACAUGCACAGGAUUGGGCGUGCAGGACGCUUCGGCACUCUGGGGAUUGCAGUGACCUACUGUUGUCAUGGAGAAGAAGAGAACAAGAUGAUGGCCAUUUCUCAGAAGUGCAGCCUGCAUCUCAAUCAAUUACCAGAUCCGAUCCCUGCUGGUCUCAUGGAGGAGCAGUGUGACUGGGACAUCACUGUCCAGCCUCCCUCAAAAUCUGACCUUUCUUUUUCCUGUGAGCCCAAAGUGGACAGAAAGAAACGAGUCACAUCUGAACCAGCAGCCGUCAAAACUUCCAAAAAGGCUCAGCACACACUCUCCACUAAAGACCAGUCUGAGCAUCACAGUCCAGCUAACACCCAACCACCUAGUAGUGACCGAAAGAAGAGCAAAAAGUCUGCUGUGGGUGCUGAAGUUUUAGCGGCUUCACCCAAAGCAGGAGCCCCUGACCCAAACGCGGCGGCUUCGUCAGAUCUCACCAGGGAGGAAAUGCAAGAUGCUCUGCCCAAAAUUCCUCCCCUUCCAUCUUUUAAGCCCCCAGCACAGAGACCCAUGUCCUUUUCUGAAGCCGUGGCUGACUUUGAGAACUUUAUGACGAAUGGCCCUGGUAGGUCUGUUGAAAUUAUAAGACUGUAUGGACGUCGUGAUGAGGGAACCAUGACAGUUAAUGGUCAGUAUAAAAAUCAUGUUGCUGAAGCUGAGCCAUAUCCUCAAGAUGAAAAGGAUGGCUUACUGGACGGAAGCACUCGUCCAUCUCAGAGGCCUGUGGGUUCACCCUCUCAGCCUGUGCCUUCUAGUUCGACAUCUGACCGCUCUUCUUCUUCUUCAGAGAGUGAGUCAGAGAUGGAAACUGAACAGAAAACAGAUGCUUCAGUGUCCAGCUCACUGUCCAGUGCACCACAGAAGCAGAACAGCUACAGGCAACCACAGCUACACAGUGGACCAAAGCACAUCACGGAACCAUCCCCUUCUAUAGCCAGUGCAGCAAAACAGCCUGUCAAAUCUAGGCCAAAUCCAGCCAAGCCUCAAAUCAAGACUCAUCAUCCUCACUAUCAGUCUCAAGCUCUUCAUCACCAGCGUCCAAAAUUUGAGGCUGAGAAAAAAAGGGCUGGAAAGGCAGCCAAGCCGGGUGUGGCCAGGUACAAGAAGGACAAAGGAAGAGAGGAGGAAGAGGAGGAAUACUCUGAGGGAGAGGAGGAAGACGAACAGGACUAUUGGAGAGCAUAUUACAGAGCAUGGGAGGAGUAUUACAGCCCAGCCUAUUACUACCACUCACCAUAUAACUGGCUGGCAGCGUAUCGCAUGAAUACAGUCUACAUGAUGGAAAUGAUGAAGCGCUGAAUUUAAACAGCAAAAAGACUGCACUGAAGUCGUCUAAGGGGACAUGAAAAUUAGCAGUUAAAGAAAUAGUUUGGCAAAAAAAUCCAUCAUUUACUACAGACAGUAGUAAGACAAAGUCCUAAUUUCACUUUUUUAGAUUAGUGCUGGAGCUACAAGGCUAAUGUUGCUAACAAACACGAAGUCAAUUGUCACCCAAAACGUCUCCAAAAUAAAUCACCAAAACUUU